AUGUCGGCGUCAACCUUGCCUAAAUUUCUGUUCGGUUCUACUCUGCCUAGAAGCUGUGUCUGUCGAAUUUUAUCAUACAGAAGGAAUUCCAAUGAUAGUAAAAGUUAUGUGGUCUUGUAUAAGUGGCCCACAAUGUCAUAUUUCAGGGUCCUUUCUCGUUUCAAACUCUACCAAGCAGGAGCCAUGUUGAUCGCCAUGCCUCCACUCUCUUACUGGUAUUACAUUGGUUCCAUCAGCAGCAAGUCACUGAUCAAUGGAUAUACCGCAGCCACAGGAACUGUACUAGUUCUAUGCACCCUCAGUUAUGCUUUCAGUAAGGUCCUUGGAGAACUGGCUUACUGUAAGAAGACAGAAUCGGUCCGGGUUUCACACAUGGAUUUCCUCGGACGUCGCAGAGAUUUGGAGCUGCAUUUGAAGGAACUGGUGCCAUUUUCUGACAAUAAUUCACCGAAAUCUGCAAUAAAGACACUUCAAACUCUUUCCAACGGGAAGUACCUGUACAGUCUCAAGUACGGACGAGUUCAUGAUCCACAACUUUUGCUUUCCGUGCUCGAUAAAAGCGGCCAUGUUGUUGUUACUGAAGUUAAUAAUUAA